AUGGGUCGCUGGGGGCAUCGUCUUUUCGAAGGUGACCAUGACAUUGACAUUGCCUGCGAUCUAGGCGAGACUCUCAAGGGCACACCCCUCAGACUGAGCAGAAUGGUCCACCAAACCGACAUGCUAGCCCCCCAAGAAGCCCUGAUGUUCUACCAAACCGACGAGUACAAGCCCAUCCUCGAACAAGAUGUCGCCGAAGUCCGCGCCCAGCUCGAUUCGGGUCUCGGAGACUGCUUCUUCGAAAAGGUCCUCGCCCAAGCCAAGCAGAACACCUUUGACGGCCCAUACCGAAUCAUCAUCGCCGGGGCCCUCAUGAUGCGUGCAGGUGCCAAGAUCAAGCCCAAUCACAUCCAGUACCUUCGUGGGCUGGUUCCCAAAAUCCAUUGCAACCAUCGCUAUGCCCUGCCCCUGUUUGACCAUGGAUUCCGUGAACCAGGUCGGGUUCAGUUCCUCAACGCCCUGGACAACUAUACCGCCGGUGCCCCGCGGGACUUUCAGGAGCCCAGCUGCUUCACGUGUGGCCGGAGCGAGGUUGAUCUUGGAUUCGCUCCCAAGAGGUGCUCUCGCUGCCGUGGCGCCUGGUAUUGCUCCCAGAAAUGCCAGAAAGCGCAAUGGGCCAACCACAAGCCUGCUUGCAUCCCGCCCGAGAAGAAGUUCAUGCUCAAUGUUUAG